CUGUCAUUUUCGGUAUUUAUCUUGUGCAUCUCAAACGAAGUGGAGCUCGAAAGCGGAAAUUGAAAUUCAAAUUCUGAUCGCUUGCCGAAAGCCGUAAAAAUAACAAUAACAGCAACUCCAUAGCAUACAACUAACGGAUUUGAUUUGCCAUUGUAAACAGUUGAAUAAAAGGAAAAACAAAGUGAAUUAAUGUUUGAAAAAAACCAAAACAGAUUUGUUUAAAAUGCAAGUAGGAUACACGCAAUAAAAGAAUUGAUUAAAACUAUAAAGGAAACGCGAAUCUUUAUCAAAACCAAUACAAGACAGCAAAAACGGAACGCUUGCCAAAAAAAAAUUAUACCAAAAAACAAGUGAAAGUAAUUUGUUUUGUUAUUUUUUUGGCUCAUAUAUUCGAUUUACGAUAUACGAAAAUCAAAAUCUGAACUAAAACCAUUACAAGUUGAUUUUGUUUUUUUUUUUUUUGAGGAGACAUUUAUAAAAAAACAACUUUCAACCACGGCGCCAAUAGCAGCAACAAUACCAGAGUCCGCGCGCGAUAUGAAUCGGUCCAAUAGUUUUGUCAAUGCCCUCAAAUGGUGGCCUUUGCAAAGCCAUCAGGCCAACGUAAACCAAACAAAUGCAGGCCAUACCAAUAGUGAUAGCGGAGGUGGAGGUGGCGGCGGUGGUUUCCGGGUUUUUAUACCUUUCAACAAAUCCCAAACACACGCCACUUUUGGCAGUUCUGUGGCUGUGCAAAAGCUACGCGAAUCCAAAUGGUUCAAAUCCGAUGAGCAGCGUAUUUUCUGCGCUGUUGUCGAAAGCGGGUUCAUCGUGGAGCUACGCAGCAGUGCUGCUGUGGCACGCAAGUUGGCAGCACAAGAACAGCGCCGCCAGCGUUUGCUUAGUUUAAGCAACAAAUUGCCGUCCGGGCCGAGAGACAACAGUAGCAGCUCUAAUGAUGCCAAUCAUGGCUUUCAAUGCAUUGAAGACCUCAGCGGAAAAUCAACAGUGGACUUUUGCAAAGACUCAGCUGCUGCCAACUCCACCAUGAUAACAACAACAGCAUGUGUCUCAUUAUCAUCCGAUUGUGACGAUUACGAUGAUGAUGAAGAAGAUUUGGAAUUCCAAGACGAGAACGAAACGCCGAUUGCCACAUGGUUCGGCAUUGUUCUAUGCAAAACCACAAAAGACAAUAAACCCAAACCCGAGACAAUAGAGAUAUUUUCAGUAAAAAUACGUGAAAAUGGUACGUUCAAAAUGUUGAAAAUGUCCCUGGAGGACAUUUGGAAGAACGGCUGGGAAUUGCGUAUUAAUAACUUUGCCGAUAAGGAAAAACCUGCACACAACGAAAAGGAUAUAAAAAAUCAGGUAUCCUUUGCACGUAAAGCCAAACAUAGCUUAUGGAACAACAAUCAACAUUUUGUAUAUUGGUGUCGCUAUGGCAGCCGCCAACAGGAUGUUAGAAAACGUCAGAUGUCGGAGUGUGUGAAAUGGGGUAGUGUCGGCAUGAAUGCCGGAAUGCUGCUGGUGAUGAACAAAAAAUCAUAUUCCACUUCAAAAUAGAAAAAUGAAAACUAAACACCGAAAAGUAGAAAUUGUGAAAGGAACCAUAGAGCCCAUCUACAUUCUUUUUGUUUAAAAAAAGACCACACCUAAGACUGGCUAAGAGGGAUAGAACAUUCACGCUUUAUAUUUUAAAUGAUACCUGCGAGUAGUUGAAAGGAUUUGUAGUUUGUAGUCUUGUAUGAAUGGAAAACAAACAAGCCUUUUAAUGAAUGAAUAAAUGAAUACAAGUCAUUCAAAAAUA